UUCAGAAUGAAAAAUGAGGAAGAGGAGGCAAUAACAUUUAAAGAAGAAAAUGAGGAUGUUAUAGUGAAAGAAGAGGAAGAACCUUUUAGAGUGAAAGAUGAAGAGGGGAUAGAGGCUGUCACAGUGAAAGAAGAAGAGGUAGAAGCUUUCAGAAUGAAAAAUGAGGAAGAGGAGGCCAUAACAUUUAAAGAAGAAAAUGAGGAUAUUAUAGUGAAAGAACCUUUUGGAGAGGAAGAGGAGGCUAUCUUACAUAAAGAGGAGGAGGAAGAUGUAUUGGGAGAUGAAGAGGAGGUGGAAGGAGAGGAAGAGGAGGCUGAAGAUCUGAUUAUCACCAGAGAGAGACCAGACUCUCACUCUGACAGCGGGAAGAGUCCUUCAGGGGACCCAGACCCAGAGAAGAGUCCUUCAGGGGAACCAGACCCAGAGACGCCCAAACCAGCGACAGGACACAACUGCUCCCAGUGUGGAAAGAGUUUUAAGUGGUUAUCUAAGCUCAAAGAGCAUGAGAGAACACACACAGGAAAAAAGCUCUUCCAAUGUUCCCAUUGUGAAAAGAGAUUUAACCAGUCAUCACUUCUGAAAGAGCAUGAGAGAAUACACACAGGAGAAAAGCCUUUCCAAUGUCCCCAGUGUGGAAAGGGUUUUACAUGGUUAAGGCACCUGAAAGAGCAUGAGAGGAUACACACAGGAGAGAAGCCUUUCCAUUGCUCCCAGUGUGGAAAGCGUUAUACUCGAUUAGCACACCUAAAAAUACAUGAGAGAAUUCACUCUGGAGUGAAGGCUUACCUCUGUUCCCAGUGUGGAAAGAAUUUUAGGUGGUUAGAGAACCUGAAGCAGCAUGAAAGGACACAUACAGGGGAGAAGCCUUUCCAUUGCGCUCAGUGUGGAAAGGAUUUUACCACAUUAGGGAACGUAAAAGAGCAUAAGAAGAAACACACAGGAGAAAAACCUUUACAAUGUUCCCAGUGUGGAAAGCGAUUUACACAUUUAGGAAAUCUGAAAAGGCAUGAAGGAAUACACACAGGAGAAAAACUCUACCACUGCUCUCAUUGUGGAAAGCGUUUUACCCAGUUAGGGUAUUUGAAAAAACAUGAGAAAAUACACUCUGAAGAAAAGCCUUAUCCCUGUUCCCACUGUGGAAAGAGUUUUCGGUGGUUAGGGGACCUGAAAGAGCAUGAGAGGACGCACACAGGGGAUAAACCUUACCAUUGCUCCUUGUGCGGUAAGGAUUUUACCAAGUUAGGGAACCUAAAAGAGCAUAAGAAGAAACACACCGGAGAAAAGCCUUACCAAUGCUCCAUGUGUGAAAAGACCUUUACCCAGUUAGGGGGCCUGAAAUAUCAUGAGGGGACACACACAGAAAAAAAGACCUACCACUGCUCUCAGUGUCAAAAGACAUUUACCCGAUUAGGGAACCUGAAAAAGCAUGAGAGAAUACACACACUCAGGUGAGGAUAAGACCGUCCACUGCUCCCAGUGUAGAAAGAGUUUAGGUCAGUUAGAGCAGGAAAAACACAUACAACCAUUACUACUGCUAGGGAGCCUGAAAGAGCAGGAAAAACACAUACAACCAUUACUACUGCUAGGGAACCUGAAAGAGCAGGAAAAACACAUACAACCAUUACUACUGCUAGGGAACCUGAAAGAGCAGGAAAAACACAUACAACCAUUACUACUGCUAGGGAACCUGAAAGAGCAGGAAAAACACAUACAACCAUUACUACUGCUAGGGAACCGGAAAGAGCAGGAAAAACACAUACAACCAUUACUACUGCUAGGGAACCUGAAAGAGCAGGAAAAGGAGGAUUCUAAUUGCACUGAGAAGUCAGGUGGGGCAGUGAGUGGAUGUGCUUGUUUUGAAAUCAAACCGCGUAGCCGCGUGUACACAGUUGUUUAUUUUCUUUGCUAGUUAUUAGCCCAGUUGUAGCUCAUUUCUGGUCAGCAAUGGGGAGUGAUGGCUUCCUACGGGUAUAUACACAGGAGGAGAAGACAUACCACUGCUCUCAUUGUGGAAAGACAUUUUCCCAGGCAGAGGACCUGAAAUCACAUGAGAGAAUAGAGACGCUGUGUUCUGACUUGUGUUUUUUUAUUUUAAUAAACUUGCAAAAAUGUAUAAAAAACAGUUUUUGCUUU